AUGGAAAAAUAUAUCGAAUCCUUGCGAAAAGUCAUCAACCACUUUCGCACCCACAAUUCGCCUAGCCCCAAGCACGUCGGGAAAUUUCGCUCCUCGAUUGGACUGUUUCCUAAGGACGGUCGCGAGUCCGACGACACAUCAUCGACACGGUCAAAGCGUAAGGGCGCAUGCGUGUUCCUGACCAAGGUUCAUGAGGACCUGGGAUUCCGUAUGUCUUUGCUAUGUGCUUUUACAUUCGCACCGACCACUCUAUACGAAAUCGGGCAACUCAGCUCUUUCAUCGACGAGAUGAAGGACAAAAUCACGGGGCCAUUGCAGGCUGUUGCCCUCAAUUUCGAGGUUGAUAUCAAAAGCUACAAGACUGAACUCGAGGCAAAAAUUGGGACGAAUGCCAUCUCCGGCCAAGUGCAGGGCCGAACUAAGCGCAGGAUGAGCGACACGGCUGUGCAUAGCCAGGGAGCCGCGCAGAAGAUCAGGCGCGUAACAUCACCGAGAGAAGAAGUGUCGAGUGAGACCGGUACCACUGAGCCCAGCACCGGUCCGCCAGUAAGCAACGCGCCACUGAAAGGGAAGGUCUACAACAUAUCGGUGGAAACUACUUUCCGACUCCUAGCACUAACCAAGCAAUCGGACCUGCAACAGUCACUUACGGUCCCUGACAGUGAACAGUGGCCGUUCAUCACAUUCAGAUGCAGUCCGAGAGAAGUGAUCAAGUACUUGACGGAAUCGGAUCAGGUCAUGUCCUUAGCAUAG